AUGGACUCCGCAAUUAUGCAUGCCAGUACAGGUGAGGCAGAGUCAAACUUGAUCAUGACCCCUGCCGAAGAGCGAAAGCUCGUCCGGAAGAUUGACUUGCACUUGAUCCCACUCAUGUUUAUUCUGUAUCUGUUCCAAUAUCUCGACAAGACAUCUCUUGGCUAUACCGCGAUCAUGGGUAUCUUACAAGACGCAGUAAGUCUGCCUGCUACUCAGACCAUAACAUUAUCACAGAAACUUGUGGGGACGCAAUAUUCCUGGGUAUCCAGCUUCUUCUACGUGGGAUUUCUCGCAGCCAGCCCUCUGUCCUCAAUCCUGUUGGUCAAGUUCUCGGCGGCCAAAGUCGUAGUAGUCACGGUACUUAUAUGGGCGGGGAUACAGAUGUGUAUGGCUGCUGGUAAUAGCUUUGGUAGUCUUGCUGCCCUGCGCAUCUUGUUGGGGGCUUUCGAGGCUGCAGUGAGCCCAGGCUUUACAAUCAUAACAUCUACGUGGUAUAAACCAUCCGAACAUGCCCUGCGGCAUGGUCUGUGGUACGGAGGAGCCAGUGUGGCUACCAUCUUCGGUGGCAUUCUUGCAUAUGCCGUCUCCCAUAUUCACAGUGCAAUCAAAACCUGGCAGUUCUUGUUUAUCAUCUUUGGAGCCGCUACAUUUCUUUGGGGACUGAUAGUCAUGUGGCUUUUGCCCGACAAUCCUCAAACCGCAUGGUUCCUCAGUGAGAGGGAAAGAAAGAUGGCUUUUGCCCGGGUGCAAGGUGCGAGGCAUUCAACCGAGACCAGAAAGUGGAACCAUGGCCAGAUGAGGGAAGCACUAAUGGACCCCCGGUCCUGGCUGCUCUUCUUGCUCUGUGUAUUCACCACUCUUCCAGGCGGUGGCUUGACAGCGUUUGGAAGCGUUGUCUUGAAGAGCUUCGGGUAUAGCGUGUUGCAGACUCAACUUCUCACCAUGUCACAAGGCGCAUUUCUCCUGCUUUACGUCGUUUUAACCGUGGUCGUAUCAGUGACUUUCAAGAACGCCCGAUGCGUGUCUAUUGCCCUUCUCAACCUCAUAUCCCUGGCGGGGGCCCUCAUGAUCAAGCUGCUUCCAGACGCCUUCCCUACAAUUCUUAGUCUCGUGUCUAGCAAUAUUACCGGACACACUAAGAAAUCUACAGUCAAUGGAAUGCUCUUUGUUGGCUUCUGCGUAGGAUACAUCGUCGGCCCACUUACAUUUUUACCGGGAGAAGCCCCAGCUUACAAGACUGCAUUCAACACCAUGAUUGCUUGCUUCGUUCUAAAUGUCACUAUCAUUAUCGUCAUGAGACAGCUGAUGGCGAGAUGGAACAAGAAGCGCGAUCAAGAGUUUGGCGCUGAGACCAGCUCAAGUGGACAAGCUGUAGAGGACAUUGCAGCUCAACUCGGCCUAGAUGAGACUGAUUGGGAGAAUAAGAGCAUCCGCUACUCUCUAUAA